AUGGAUGCAAUACAGGGAUACUCAUCGGGUGAAGAAAUAGAAAAGGAACAUUUAGACGUUGACGAACCAACCGAACAACCCGUAACCCAGCCACAUCAGCCUGCUUCUCUAGAUAUUUACCUGCAAAAUUUUAUUUACAACACCUCAGCAAUGCAUAGUAUAUUUGCUUAUAUCCCCUGGAGACCAUCUAUAUCAACCACCAACACUCUCAAAAAACUUUCCCAGCGAAUAAUCACCCACAUCACAAAGACCCAUCCUGAGAGCAGUUCCCAUUAUAAAUGGCACUUCAUAGGAACCCCCAAUGCUAGUGAUUCCGGUACGUACAGUAUCACCAAUAAACACAAUUUAGCGUCAUUUCAUAUAACUUUAGGACCAAACAUUCGAGGACCAGCAUACAAAAUAGACAUGUUAUUAGCAAAUAUUAAAAGAGGAGUGCGAGAUAUGAAACUCCCACGCGAAAUUAUUGGGGCAGAUGGUACGGAACAAGCAAGGAAGAGCAAAUUAAAUAAUUUAUUAGGAUUGACCAGUGGGAAGAGUGAUGGUGUUCAAGGUGGUAGAAGCGAUAUAGCACUCACCAUGGAGCCAACGCUUCACAUUUUCCGUAAUAAGACCACGGGGAACUUGUUUGUUACCGGGGUACUUUCCACUGCUGGUAAGCAAGGGUUAUUCCUUCGAACUGUACAUGAGAUCAUUCAAGAUAACAUUGCAUUACUUUCGCUAGGACAGGGUCUGAAAAUGCCUAAUUGGCAUAUCUCAUUUGUAGUGGGGGAAUACAAGGGAGUGAAAGUGGAUGGUAUGAAAGGAAAUAGUGGAUCUAACAAACAGGGAGAUGAUUUAGUUGGAGUUCUCGACGUCGAUAUCACUGACGUGGUGAAGGACUUGAGGAUACAUAUAGAUAAAAUAGAGAUUACACACAAGGGUGCAUUACGAGACUGUGAGGAAGUUAAAUUCCCAGUUAAUGCCACCCGAGUGAGGAAAAGACCGUUUAUAGAGAAGAAGUGA